UUGAAUAUUCCACUACAUUUAUACAUUGUCAUUUAUUUUUACUAUACCUGCAUUUUAUUGCAGGUUUGAAAUAUAUCCAUUUAUGUGAUUAUUUGCAGCUUAGUGCCCGAUUUGAGGAGCCUAACCAACUAACCAAUGAACCAAUUAACCAAUGAACCAAUGAACCAAUGAACCAAUGAACCAAUGAACCAAUUAAUCAGCUAGUCAACCUCCAUAUAUAAACGCCCCGCCUAUGUUUUACAAAUACAUAUACAGCUUUUUCAGAGCAGGAAAUGAAGGGCAGUAUUUUAAAUAUAACAAUCUUUUUACUUUUACAAGUCAGGAAUAUAUAUUUAGAAGAAACCGCAGUGCUGAUUGGUGGCUGGUAUGGCACUAAAGUUGAAUCCUACCCCUGUAAACUUGAUGUAGAAGAUAUUGAUACUGAUCUGGACGGAUUAGGUGCCACAGUUUACAAAGGACAAAUGUACUAUUGUGGAGGCUAUGCAUACAGUUUAGGAAAGUAUAGGAAAUCCUGUUGGAGGAACGAAGCUGGAUCUUGGAGAGAAGUUGCUGAGAUGAAUAUGGAAAGACAAUACUUUACAAUGAAUUCGGUUGGGGAUAUAGUUCUAGCAGUAGGAGGGGUUGUGGUCAGAGAACAUCUUGACACAAUUGAACAGUUUGAUGGAACAUCCUGGAUUAUUCUUAAAGAUCGUUUACGAUCACCCAGAUCCAACCACUGUGCAGUCACCAUCAGUGAUUCAGAAAUAGUUUUGUUGGGUGGAUAUGAUGGAAAAAUCCAAGCUUAUGUUGAAAAAUAUCAUACCUUGGACGGAUGGACAACCUUACCCAACAUGCUAGCAGCAAGGUCUGACCAUGACUGUGUACUUUACGGCGAUGAAAUUGUUGUUGCCGGUGGAAUAACUCCUAAUGGAGGAGAUAGCGUUGAGGCUCUUAACCUGAAAACUCUUGAGUGGCGCCGCCUUCCCUCCCUCCAGCUUUCCCGAGACUUUGUGAGCAUGGAGGUCGUUAAUGGAGACUUGAUGGUAUUUGGGGGAUAUGGAACAGAGUACUCAGCUGAAGUGUUUGAUGGUAAAGAAUGGAGAAGAGUAAACCUAGAAGAGGGUCAUCUCUACCAUAGUUCAGUCACCAUGCCGUGUUCAGAGUUUUGAAUUUACGACAUAAAAUAAGUUUUGAUUAUUUGACAUCAAUAUGAAUAAAUGAAACAUAAAUAAACUGAUCACUGGGUUUCAA